UGUGGUGAGCCUGAAGCUUCCUUCUUUUGAUAGCGGCGCAAAUCAGCGACAUCAGCCGACAUGAUUCUCGCCGUUUCCCUUGUACUUUUAUCCACCCUAACCAACGUCCACGCCGCCAAGACGUGUUGGCCGUACGGUAACUGCGCGAAUCAGUCGCCAAAGUUGAAGACCAUACCGGACAACGUGCCUUCGUUUCGCACACUAGGAGUGCUCCUGCUACAAUUUAACGACAUCGAAGAGCUGAAAUAUAUACCACAAAUGCCGGCACUGACUCAUUUGGAUCUGUCCCACAAUCGUUUGUCAGAAUUCCCGUGGUUGUCGUUUCGCAAUAUCUCACGGAUCAAGAUUUUGAUACUGAAGAACAACGAAGUUUCAAAGGUUGACGCCUACGUGGACUUCCCUCAGAACUUGACCUAUCUUGAUCUUGAAGGUAACCGCAUCGCCACGAUUCCCGAAACUUUUCUAAACGGACUGAAGCCGCAGCGGUGGAACUUCUUUCUGUGUAUAUCGCAGAAUCCUUUCCUCUGUGACUGUAAGAUCCAGUGGAUCGCACGUUUUCGGCGAUGUGUGUGGGAACACCGACACGAAGGCUGUGUGGACGCUCCUCUCGCUCGGGUGAGGAGGUGCAUGUUGGCCAACUGCAAGUCCAACCCGAGCGGCGUCCCGGUCAUCCUGGACUGGUUUCAAUGGGAUACUAAGCUCGUUGUUCAACAACUGACACUUAGAUGUGAAUCACCGCAAGAACUGAGAGGGAAGACCCUACGAAACGUCACUCUACCGACGUGUAGUGCAUCUCCAAAACAUUCGAGAAAUCCAGAAAAAGCUUCGUCUCCGGUUAGGAUGGGGAUUCAUGAAUACCAGAAGGCAUCAGUGGAGACAGUGCCUUCAACACUAGCUACCAACAGCAGGGAGAGAACCACUGUCAGCACUUCUGAAUUUUCUCCUUUUUGGAAAGGAAUCACAGCCAGCAUCCUCGGCGGUGUCCUGAUCACCUUGUUAGUCGCCUUCCUCAUCAGAUGUGUCAGUCGGUGCAACAAGCGGCGACAGGCCGGCCUCAAUAGCAUGGCGGCCGCCCCGCCCGUGCCAGCAGUGACCGAGAAGCGUCAAACUACACCAGGCGCUGACCAGAGCAAUCCUACCGUUGACGGGCGUCUCGAGGAAGGUCGCUCAAGAAACAACGAAGAUACAAGCCGUCUUUCAUUUGGCAUUCGGCGCAAACGUAAACAGACUGCCCGUAAAUACACGGCCGCAGCCCUGCCGCUUCAGACGGUUCAGAACAUGCGGGCCUCGAUCGUCGUCAGCGUGGACAGGAGCAACUCCGUUCUCGGGAAUCUGCAGCGAGACCCGUCGCAGAAGAAGAAGAAGAAAGGCCCGGGCCGCUUCUCACUCGACAUUCGAAGAAGAAGAAGAAGAAGAACGGCCGGCCUUUUCUCACUCGACAUUCGGCGCAAACGUAAAGAAAAGGCCGUGCCGAAGAACGUGCUCGCUGCCUUCCCGUUGCAAACGCUCACCAACAUGCACGUCGCGAACAUCUGUAGUGUCGCUCAGAACAGUGACAUCCGCGGUGAUGGGUAUCUUGAAGAACAGGGCCCUUCGAUGGACAGUGACGAUCAGCAGACGUCCCCGUCACCUCAGCGGCUCAGCGACGUCGACGAGGACACCAAGGCAGCGACCAAACAGACUUCACGUCUAUAAACUUUAAGGUACGAGACCGUCUCUGUCACAAUAGUGACAUUUAUGUCACCACAACGCAGAAUACUAUAUAUUAUAGUAUUAUCCUGACUAAAUUUCAAAGUUGUUCUUGUUUGAUCCCUUGUGGCACGUAGGGCAGCAAAUUCACAUGUUUUUAAACAUGAUUUUAGUGGUACAUGACUUGUAUACAAUGUGGAUUUGCUAUCCCUUCGCCUAGCC